GAGAAAUCAGAUAGAUAGAAACUAUCCAAGCCUCCAGGGUCUGAUAUUCCACCAGAAAUUCAAGACGAUCCUCAAUUUUAUCCGUAUUUUAAGGAUUCUGUUGGCGCAGUUGAUGGCAUACAUUUCCCUGUGACAGUAGGCGUUGAUGAACAAGGGCCUUUUCGAAAUAAGAAUGGCGUUCUUUCACAACAUGUUAUUGCAGCGUGCUCUUUUGAUAUGAAAUUCCAUUUUGUAUUAGCUGGUUGGGAAAAAGGAAAAAUAUAAUACGAAAAUGUCAGAAAAUAUGGAAGAAAUUAUGGAAGAAUCUCUGGAGAAAUUCGAUAUAUCAAUGGCAGCACCGAUGGUAUUCAUUUUGGUAUCUAUUGUCCAGUUUAUCAAUCGAUACGUCGAAGUCAAUAAGAAGAGAGCUACCAUGUCUGCGGAGGAUGUACGACUGAAGGCAGAAAUUAAGAGGCUCCUAAGAGAGGCAGCUGGCCUAUCACAGCCUUCAACAUUUGCACAAGCUGCAAAGCUGAGGAGGAUUGCGGCAGCUAAGGAGAAGGAACUUGCAAAAAGCAUUGAGACACACAGUAAGGAGAUAAGCAUGUCAUUUGUUAUGUAUACAAAAGGCCUAUUCGUUUUAAAGGCCUGCACAUACCUUAUGCUUGUUUUAUGUUUUUGGCGGGUGCCUUUGGGUUUCAUAUCUGAGGAGCUUGUAAAACCUUUUGGUUAUGUGUUAUCUUGGCUAUCUGGUGGCGAUGCACCCAACUAUACCACGAUUGGGAUUAUUCCAUGGAUAUUCGUGUCUAGUAAGACCAGCAGAUUCUUUCUCAAAAGAGUAAUAAAGUAGAGAAGAAAACAAUCCACCGUGCUGGCUCUGGAGUGUAACCAAUUUUGGUGUCAAUUUCUUUAAUUUGAUUCAUAAUUUUUUUUUUU